UGCGCACGAACAUUAGUGAAAGAGACUUAUACUCGCCUAGCUUGCAUUCGGCAUGCAUCUACAACCAGUAUAGUUGUUUCUUGAAAUAAUUCUGUUCUGCAGCGCUACCUAGCUCUUGAGUCCUUACCAGCUAGCCGUACAGUCUUGCAGGCGUGCGGCGGGGAUCAUGUCGAAGGGAGCGAUGGGAAGAACUUCCAUCAUGGAGAAGCAGGAGGAGGCGUUGAAGGAGUGGGAGCCCCUCCAUGAGAGUAUCUCUAAGCUGCUGAAGGGUGGACGCAUCACCGACGCCCGCGAAAGGCACAGCUUGGCAUUCAUGGAGAUGGAACUGGGCGUCAUUGUCGCAUACCUGAGGAUGCCGCUGCCACCACACACAGAUUGUCCUGGUGUCGAUCUCAUCGAUAACCAGAUCCAGUACCACUGGAGUUACUACAGGGAUGUCGUGAUAUCUCUGUAUAAUCAGUACGGAGAAGAAGCACCUAAUGCGGGGCUGCUGCGAAAAGCCAUGCGGUGCUUCCGCCGCCGAAGGUCUUUAGAGUAUAACAUUCCGAGGACAGCGUACAGUCUCUACCGUGAGUGCUCCAGUGAUCCACGCCUCGAGCUCCCAAGCUCGGAGCUCAUGCCAUCGCCGCAUCAAGCAGCCCAAGUUGAGGCUGGUGCCCUCAAUGAUCAUCUUGUUGGCAUCGACAGCAUGGCAAACGAGAUGCUCAGAUGGCUCAUGGCCACCGACAAGGGUCUCCGGGUCAUGGCCAUUGCUGGACCCGCCGGCAUUGGCAAGACCACCCUUGCCAUGGAGCUCCACCGUCGACUCAGGUGCCAAACUCAAGAAUAUUAUUUCCAGUGCCACGUUGUGGCCGCUAACUUCCCCCGGAGGCCUUACAGGAGCAAGCUUGUUCUUCAAACCAUCCUGAAGCAGAUCAUGGAGCAACUGGAUGCACCAUCACCAAACAGCUCGGAAAUCACCAUGUCCAUGUUGGAGGACAACCCGGAGCUGUUGACUCGCAACAUAUCAGAACACCUCAAGGAUAAGAGAUACUUUGUUUUGAUUGAUGAUAUAUUAGACGAAUCAGAUUUGGAAAUAAUCAAGGGUGCAUUUCCUAAUAAUAACUGUGGUAGUAGAAUAUUGUUUACGGCACAACAUGAGUGGAUAGCUGGGUGGUUUUUGUCUAAUUAUAAUGGGGUUGUGCAUAAGAUGAAGCCUCUGAAUGACUCGGAUUCAGAGAAGCUACUUCGCACAAAAGCUUUUAGUUCCAUGGAUGAUUUACUUCCAGACAAUCUUAGGCUAUUAUGUGAUGAAAUCUUGAACAAGUGUAGAGGAAUACCAUUGUUCAUAACUGGUAUGGCAGAUUGGUUGAAACAACAGCAACACGGCAGCUCUGCAGUUCUUAGGGUGGAACAAGUACGCCUACUGCUGAAACAGUUUGAAUACUGGCUAUCAUUUGAUUACAGUUAUGAAUUGAGCCUAUCGUCACUCUAUCUAAGCAUGUUUCCACAGGGAUAUGUGUUUGAUAAGGAUCAUCUUGUCAUGAAAUGGGAAAACGAUGGGUUGAUCCGUAUAUUGGAGUCUAGUUCAGAAUAUGGAGAGUUGUAUUUCUCUGAGUUGGUCAACACGAACAUCAUUACCCCAGUAGGAGAGAACUAUGGACCCAAUCUUGAUGAAGAUGAAUUGUGCCAGUGGCAGGUCAAUCCUUUCGUUCUGAGUUUUCUUGCCUCCAGAGCAGCCGAGAAGGGUCUUGUUUUUACCAGCUCAACACUCACCUCAUUACCAAGCUGUGGUGGCAACAACACUCGGAUAAAACGGCGCCUAGCUCUCCACCACCCUGAUCCGCUACUCCCCGAAAUGCUGCAACAAAUGGAUUUGUCUCAUACUCGUUCACUACUCAUAUCUGGUGCAGUCGACAGAACAACAGUCCCUCUAGACAAGUUUGGAUAUUUGGUGUUUUUGGAUCUUCAAGGCUGGGAGAAUUUGAAGGAUGAGGACCUACUGCAGAUAUGCAAAAUGUUUAUGCUGAGUUAUUUGAGCGUCAGGAACACAAGGGUCAGCAAGCUCCCACCGCAAAUCAAGGAGCUGUGCAACCUGAAGGCAUUGGACGUCAGCCAAACCCACAUAUUUAAGAUCCCAUCAGAAGUGUGUGAGCUAGAAUAUUUGGAGAUCCUGGAACUAAGAGGCACACAAAUAAAGCACAUGCCAGAUAAAAUUGUGGAGAAAAGAAAGUACGAACAACUUUACGGUAAUGGUUCUGUAUUUGGAAUGAUUGACUCAAACCAAAAAGUGCUAACAAAGAUAUCGAAGAAGAUCCACCAAUUAAGAUAUCUAAAGACGCUAGCAACUAUCGAUUUAAGUGAAUUCUCUGCAAAGUCAAUACAGUCUCUCGGUGAUCUGGAGAGAUUGGAGGUCCUCGCAAUAACAUGGUCCUUUCACCAGUGCAGUGACGAAGACUACCAAGAGGCCCUACGGUUAUCCAUAGAAAGAUGGAGGAAGCUUAAGUCCCUCACCAUUCAUUGUGGGCUCGGUUGUUCCAUGGAGUUUCUGGGUUCUCUAACAAAACCACCUGAAGGACUUAAGAAAUUUAAGGUAAUAGCCGGAAAAUUUGUCAGUGUUCCCCGAUGGAUCGAAAGGCUCGUGUAUCUUACUUUCUUGCAGAUCACGGUUUGCAAACAAGUGGCAGACGAUGUCAAGAUCCUCGCAGGCUUGGUCAAAUUGCAGCACCUGGUACUAUGCUUGGAGUUCAUUCCCGAAGAAGCAAUAGUGAUUGAGACAAAAGGGUUCAAAGAGAUUGAGAGAUUCUCCCUUGAUUGCCCUGUCCCAUGGCUGACCUUCGAAAAAGAGGCAAUGCCGAAGCUCACAUAUCUUCGACUGAAUCUGUACGCGUUCCCAGCGAGCGAGAUGAGUGUUCCUUCAGGUAUCAGCAACCUUGAAAAGCUUUCGGAGGCAAAGAUUUGCUACAAUGCACGGUACAUCAAUAGUCCCAACGUUAAGAGGACAGUAGAGGUAGUGAGCAAGGAGGUCGCCAAGCAUCACAACUCUAUUGACCUUUUCAUCAACGGUACCCAAAUAGAAGUUAAUCAGGCUGGUGAGGAGAAGGCAGAGAGUGCAACAAGAUUCAACCAAGUCAAUCCGCCAGAGGAUGUUGUUCAGGCAGAAGAUGAGGCGGCACUGAGGAGAGAAACAGAGUUUCAGAGCGAGAAAGAAGAUGAAGAUGAAGCAGAGUGCCAUGCCUAGCUCCUAUUGAAAAGGAAAUGAUGUCCGCCUCUCCUGACAAUACAUCUCACAGAACAGUGAGAUAAUAACUCCUGCAUCACGUGGUCGCUUCUGUAUUGCUGUUGGUCGCCGUGUACAUAUGUGGCCCGCAAUUUGCGGGCUACCAUCGUUAUAUUUUCUUUCAUAUAUUAGUAUGUAUGAAUUAUAUGGUUGUUUUAGGAUAUAUAUAUAGACACACACAUGUAAAUAGGUGUCAAUUAAUUGCUACUAAUUAGACUUCUAAUGGCUUGCUAGCAACAUAUUUAAUUUCUCUCUACAUGUAUAUAAACAUGGAUGAAGCUAGAACGAAUAUUAACUUAUAUCCCAUA